AUGGAGCCCUCCGACGAGCUCCGGUUGCUGGAGGCCACGGGGAUCUACCGCCUCGCAGGCUCUCGCGCCGCCUUCCUCGACCCGGUGCGCCUCCUCGGCGAAUCCUACCGGCGCUUCCGCCUCGUCCCGUCGGCGUACUACUCCCGAAGCUUCGGCCCGUCGCGGCAGGGAGGCGAAGCGCAGGCCGAGGGGACGGCGCCGUCUCCCGACCGGAAGAAGCGCAAGCGGAAGCGCCAGCCCAAGCCCCGGGAACUCAACGCCGUGGAGAGGAUCGCAGAAGCGCGGCACCAGGAAGCAAGACCUUUGCUAAUUAGCGCGCAUAAUUCACUCCUGGAGGCGAAAGAUCUACUGGAGUUCCUUCCGGGGAUGAUCAGGGGAGAUGAGUGCAGGCCAAAUGUUGAAACUAGUUCUGAGAACAAUUUUGUUGAGCUUGGGGGCUCAUGGCGAGCACCUUUCUACGAGAUGACUAUUUGCUUUCAGAAUCCUCAUGGUCAGGACGAGGCAGGUACCUGUGGUGUCCAAAAGAGAUCCAGUCCGUUAUUUAAUAGGAUAGUCAGUGUUGAAGAAAAUGAUGAGGCAGAAGGAGAAUUUCAGAGUAGACUUUAUAUUUUACCAAAACGAAGUUGCUUUAUGAUGACUGACUUCACACAUGUUCGUGAUCUCAUUCCUGAUAAUCCUAAUAUAGGGUACAACCUUAUAGUUAUUGACCCACCUUGGGAGAAUGGAUGUGUUCGCCAGAAAGAAGCGUAUCCUACACUUCCCAAUAGAAAUUUGUUGUAUCUUCCAGUUCAAGAACUUGCACAUCCAGCUGGAGCGCUUCUAGUUUUGUGGAUCACAAAUCGGGAGAAACUGCGAAGGUUUGUUGAGGAGGAAUUGCUUCCAUCUUGGGGAGUCAAAGACCCCACAGAGUUUUAUUGGCUGAAGGUGAAGUCGGAUGGUUCACUGAUUGGCGAUCUAGACUUGUUCCAUCACAGGCCUUAUGAGUGUCUCCUUCUUGGCUACAUAAAUGUUAAUAGAGAAUCUGAAUCAGGAUUGAAAUUUAAGGUUGUACAAGGCAGCCAAGUAAUUAUGAGUGUUCCGGGUGCACACUCAAGGAAACCUCCUCUUCAGAAAAUUCUUUCAGAAUAUAUCCCUGGUCCAAAACCUCCAAGGUGCAUAGAGCUUUUUGCAAGAGAAUUGGGUUCCGGGUGGACCUCGUGGGGAAACGAGCCGCUCCAUUUCCAGGAUUCCAUGUACUUCUCAAAGAAGUAA